UGUUCGGUUCACUGUGUGCUCUGCGCUGCCUUUCAACAUGGCGUUUGUGACUGUCCAUUAAUGUUAGUUGCGUUCGUCUCCACAUUUUACGUUUCAAUUUCGUGGGCAUCGGACUGCUGUGAUGAUAAUUGUGAUAUUCUGGGGGGAAUCUGCGACAUUUUCGUGAAGUCAAGUAGAUCGAGUGGAUUUUUUCAUCGAGAGGAGGUGUUUUUCGAGUUGACACAAGGGAGGAAUUUCAGCCCGAGGGGCUUCAUGGGAGUGAGGACGAGACAAUUGCGCUUGGGAUUGACAUAUCACGAGGACAUUUUCCACGGUGCGAGGGUUUUGAGGGCUUUGAAGAGUCUUUCGACGGAUUCAGGGGCCUGAGGAUAUUUGGAGGUAGGAAGGAUGGCUGAGACGCAGAAGAUGAGGAUUUAUGGGAGACAUCCUCCCUGUGCCAGCCUCAGCAGGCUCGAGGAGAGGAGGGCCAGAAGAUUGGCACUGCGUCUAGAGAGAAACAGAAAGCCAGACAAGCCCGAGGACUUCGUCUGCUACGAGUCAAGCGAUGACGAGGAAGAGACAGUGAUAGAGGGAAGACAGUACCUCCGAACUUCCUUCAAUUUCGUCGACUACGUACGUGCGAGAGAAACCAAUACACGAGAAGUUAGGAAAAUAAAUCAAGAGUAUGGGUCCAGACACAUCCUCACUCACGACCUGUUUAAAGAGUACUCCGUCAGUCUCAAUAAUAUGAAUAAGGUGUUUUGCUCGCAAUGGCUGAGCGAUCGUCAGGUGGUCUUCGGGACCAAGUGUAAUAAACUCAUGGUGUACGAUGUGGCGACCCAGAAAUUGGAUCAGAUACCUUCGUUGCAUGGGAGACAGGGGAAUUCCAAUGGUGGACCGGUCGUUGAGGCUCAGGCUGGCAUUCAUUCGGUUCAAAUAAAUCCUUCUAGAACAUUACUGAGCACUGGUGCGCGUCAUAGCAAUGAAAUAGCGAUUUAUCGAUUACCAACGUUGGAUCCUGUGUGUGUCGGGGAGACAGGACACAGGGACUGGGUGUUCGAUAUGUGUUGGUUGGACGAUGAAUUUCUUGUCUCUGGCUCGAGGGAUACGAAAAUGGCACUCUGGCACAUCAAUAGUAAUCUCGCUGAGGCACCUGAUAAGGCGGACGUACCUACACACCGAUUGAUCUCACCAGUGAGCGUGAAAGAAUGCAAAUCAGCUCAGAAAGUACGGGCCCUGGCCUUCAAUAAAGCUUACAAUGAGAUAGCAGCACUGUCCUUGAACAGUUUCAUCCACAUUUGGUCUGCAGAAACGUUUAAGCAGAAAAUAUCCAGGAAACUGCCAGCGUGCCAGGAGAACGUCUGCCUAGCUGUCCAAGACGAUGGAGUUUACGCGGUGGGAUGCCGUUCAUAUACGCUCCUAUUAGACGCCAGAACACUGCAGCCUAUUAAGAAAAUUCCUUCCAGAUACAGUGGUUGUGGGAUAAGAUCAGCGAGCUUUCAGGGCUCAGUACUGACAAUAGGCACUGGUUUAGGUAUGCUAAUGUUCUACGACAUAAGAGCACAGAAGUAUUUGGAGUCGUCGAUAAAUUCCAAUCGUACGGUAGUUCUCAAGGCCUCGAAAGGAUACGUGUUUCCUGACGAGGAGUACAUCGAUGGCUUCCAGAAUGUCAAGUACACCCCAGCAAUCUACACUCACUGCUACGAUCAAUCCGGGACACGACUCUUCACAGCUGGAGGUCCACUACCAGCCAAUUUGUAUGGUAACUACGCUGGCCUCUGGCAGUAGGCACUCUCAAUAUGCUGUUGGAUCACAUCCGCAUCGAACUCGACUUGUUACUGAGGUAUGAAACCGAUAGGAACAGCAUCACAAAGGAAUCACCCUGAGACUUAAGAAUUCUCCUGUUAAUUCCAAAGGGGAAUUAAAUUGAGAUCUUUCGAGAUAAUAAUUAUCUAUUUCCUCUGCAUAAUAUCUUCACUCAUGAAAGAAAAACUCAUGUUUCAUGUAAAAAAAUUUAGGAAAAUAAUUGUCAAACAACUUCUGUUAAUUCGCAAUUAAUUUAAAAUUAAUUUAGCAUUGAAGAUCAAUUAAAUUUCGUUUUUAGAUGCAUGAAAUCAUGAAAGAUGAUGAAACAUCGUACAUUAAAGUGAUAAUUGAUUUAAGAAAACAAGACUUAUUUUCAAAAUCGAUUCUUUCUCGUUAAAAGAAAAUCAAUUUUGGUGAUAAAAGUAAAGAUAAACGUUAAAGUCGAGUGACGAAAUGUUCAAGUGUCAGUUGGUCUCCAGUUGGGGGAUUCAUUAGCCUAGAUAAUUCAAUUGUAGUUCAAUUAUCCAAUUGUAGAAACAAAAUUAACACUCGGUGAUUUUUGUUGAAAAUGACGAUUGCGGAGUAACAAUUUUUUAUUUCAUUUGAAGUAAUGGGUUGAGUGAUUCAAUUGAGUUACUAGCUCGACCUAAACAUAGGUGUAAGAUUCACAUAUUCAUUAGUCCUUAUCAGUAAUUAUUAGGUAAAGAAGUUACAUUUACAUGUAAUCCUGAAGUGCUCGGAUGGCUUUCGUAUUUAUUGAUAUUGAAUCGUUAUUUUUAAGGGAUAAUAUCGUCAUUUUUAUGAGUAAUCGUAUUAAUCGUAAGAGAUGGAUGGAGUUGAGUGGAAUUAAUUGGAAAAAUGAACGAUUACAAAAUGAUAACUAAGACCUGUGAUUAUGUUGAUAAAAAGUGGGUUUAAAAAAACUUAGCUAGCUAUAUUUUGCCAAACAUGACUAGCUUUCGAGAUAAGUAGUGGAGCAGAAUUUUCCAUCUGGAACUGGAAAACAACGUUAACUCGCCCCUUUCCCCUAGACAAUGAAGAAACUCCAAAAACGUAUCGGUGAGCGCCAGCCGUCCUUUGACCUCGGAGACGACAAACCGAAGAUUUCCAAAGUGGAUCUCAAACGAA